GCGGCGGCCAACGGGCCCCUCGGCGCGGGCGCGGGCGCGGGCGGCGCCGCCCCCGGAGGCUACUUCGAGACUCCUUUUAAUUUUGGCAUGAAUCAUAGAACACCACCCUACCCCGCUGGGGAUUAUUGCCUUCUGUGCAGAAGUGAGCGGAAAGACUCUUCGUUCUUAGAGAGUGGAAUUAAGACUGCAAGCAAAUUGGCCCUCUCCAUGGCUCCCAAGGGCAACAGCGUGCUGCACCUGCCACUGUGGGUGUGCCCAGACUGCCGGCGGGCUGUGGAGAAGGAGGAGAGGCCCAGCAGCCUUGAUCAGCCGUCGCAGGGCCAAGACUUUCUUCUUCACUCCCCUCUUGGUGGGUCCCAGCCGGAGGCAGGCGGCGGGAGGCUAGCCCUCGGCGCACAGACACUGCCCUCAGCGGGGCUGGGCACUGCCCCCUCGGACGCCGCAUGCGCCUGUGAGGCCUGCAGCGAGCGCAGAGAGAUUUCGGCAGAGACGGACCGGGAACCUCAGCAGCUGCAGAACUAUUGGUCAGAAGUGCGCUACAUGGUCCGCUGCAUUUACCGCCAGGCGGGGACCCCACUGGCCGACGACCAAGACCAGAGUCUCGUGCCCGACAAGGAGGGGGUGAAGGAGCUCGUGGAUAGGCUCUGUGAGAGGGACCCCUACCAGCUGUACCAGCGAUUGGAGCAACAAGCUAGGGAGUACGUGCUGGAGAUGAAGGUCCGACUCCUCCGGCAGCUGUCGGCAGCAUCUAAAGUGAAAGCGCCGUCUGCCCUGCAGGGCCCUCCACAGGCACACCAGUUCAUCUCUCUCCUCCUCGAGGAGUAUGGCGCCCUCUGCCAGGCAGCACGCACAAUCAGCACCUUCCUUGGCACACUGGAAAAUGAACACUUGAAAAAGUUCCAGGUGACAUGGGAACUGCAUAAUAAACAUCUGUUUGAAAAUCUGGUCUUUUCGGAGCCACUUCUCCAGAGCAACUUGCCAGCACUGGUGUCGCAGAUCAGGCUAGGAACCACGACGCAUGACACAUGCAAUGAAGACACCUAUAGCACCUUGCUGCAGCGGUACCAGCGCUCUGAGGAGGAGUUGCGCAGGGUGGCGGAGGAGUGGCUGGAAUGCCAGCAAAGGAUUGAUGCCUAUGUCGACGAGCAGAUGACAAUGAAAACCAAACAGCGCAUGCUGACGGAGGACUGGGAGCUUUUCAAACAAAGGCGAUUCAUUGAAGAACAGCUGACCAAUAAGAAAGCAGUUGCUGGUGAGAACAACUUCACAGAUGCCAUGAGGCACAUGUUGUCAUCCCGGCUGAGCAUGCCCGACUGCCCCAACUGCAACUACAGGAGAAGAUGUGCUUGUGAUGACUGCAGCCUCUCACACAUCCUCACUUGUGGUGUCAUGGACCCCCCCGUCACUGGCGACAUCCACAGUCACCAGCUGCCCCUCCAAGUGGAUUCUGCUCCCGACUAUCUCUCUGAGAUGCGCCCACCUAGCGUGUCCUCAGCAAGCUCAGGGUCAGGUUCCAGCUCUCCCAUUACAAUUCAGCAACAUCCCAGACUCAUCCUCACAGACAAUGGCUCUGCACCAACUUUUUGUAGUGAUGAUGAAGACGUUGCACCAUUGUCAGCUAAAUUUGCUGAUAUUUAUCCACUGAGUAACUACGAUGAUGCUGAGGUGGUGGCCAACAUGAAUGGACUCCACAGCGAACUGAAUGGUGGCGGGGAAAACAUGGCUCUCAAAGAUGAGUCCCCUCAGGUAAGCAGUACCAGUAGUAGCUCUUCAGAGGCUGACGAUGAAGAGGCAGAUGGCGAGAGCAGUGGGGAGCCGCCCGGAGCCCCAAAGCAAGACGUGGCUCUAGGCAGUGGGAGUCCCAGGAAAGAGGAGAGUAAAGUGGACAGUCCACCCCCAUCUUACCCAACUCAGCAGGCCGAACAAGCUCCAAACACUUGUGAAUGUCAUGUUUGUAAACAGGAAGCUUCUGGACUGACCGCAUCAGCAAUGACUGCAGGAGCCCUUCCCCCUGGCCAUCAGUUCAUGAGCCCAGAGAAGCCCACACACCCUGCUCUGCAUCUUUACCCCCACAUCCAUGGACACGUGCCCCUGCACGCGGUCCCACACCUGCCCCGCCCUCUCAUCCACCCCACCUUGUAUACAGCGCCCCCCUUCACACACAGUAAGGCUUUACCGCCAGCACCUGUUCAGAAUCACACAAAUAAGCAUCAGGUAUUCAAUGCAUCUCUUCAAGACCAUAUUUAUCCAAGCUGUUUUGGGAAUACUCCAGAGUGGAAUAGUUCUAAAUUUAUAAGUCUUUGGGGAUCAGAAGUGAUGAAUGAUAAGAACUGGAAUCCUGGCACUUUCUUGCCAGAUACAAUUUCUGGGAGUGACAUACUAGGACCAACUCUCUCAGAAACAAGACCCGAAGCCCUUCCAACGCCAUCCAGCGGUGAAACACCUAUGGUUUCAGAGAGCAAGGAGAAAAAAAAUGCUGCAAAAAAGAAAUGCUUGUACAAUUUCCAAGAUGCUUUUAUGGAAGCGAACAAAGUUGUGAUGGCCACGUCGUCAGCCACCUCCUCCGUGUCCUGCACAGCCACUACGGUGCAGUCUAGCAACAGCCAGUUCAAAGUGUCGUCCAAGAGGCCUCCUUCCAUAGGUGAGGUGUUCCAUGGCGUCAAGGAGGACCACAGACACGCGGUGCCGGCCGCCCCAAGGAACAGUCCUACGGGCUUGGCACCGCUUCCCGCCCUCGCCCCUGCUGCGCUCGCCCCAGCCUCUUCGCCUCACCUAGCAAGUCUUGCGACCCCGUCCUUUCCCAACACUGCAGCCACAUCCCCCGGGUUUGUGGAUACACGAAAGAGCUUCUGUCCUGCUCCAGGAGCCCCCCCACCCCCCACCACCGAUGGCUCCAUCAGCGCUCCACCCAGCGUUUGCAGUGACCCCGACUGUGAGGGGCACCGCUGUGAGAACGGCGUGUAUGACCCACAGCAGGACGAUGGGGAUGAGAGUGCCGACGAGGACAGCUGCUCUGAGCAUAGCUCUAGCACCUCAACCUCCACCAACCAGAAGGAGGGCAAGUACUGUGACUGCUGCUACUGUGAGUUCUUCGGGCAUGGUGGGCCUCCAGCUGCACCAACAAGUAGAAAUUAUGCAGAGAUGAGGGAGAAGCUUCGUUUGCGGCUGACCAAGAGGAAAGAAGAGCAGCCUAAAAAAGCGGACCAGCUCUCAGACAGAGAGAGUGUGGUUGACCAUCGAAGGGUGGAAGACUUGCUGCAGUUCAUAAACAGCUCAGAGACCAAGCCUGUGAGCAGCACUCGAGCCGCCAAGCGAGCCAGACACAAGCAGAGGAAGCUGGAGGAGAAAGCUCGCCUGGAAGCUGAGGCCAGGGCCCGGGAGCACCUGCACCUCCGUGAGGAGCAGAGGCGACAGGAGGAGGAGGAGGAGUUUCAGCGGCUUCAAGAGCUUCAGAAGCUGAGGGCCGUGAAGAAGAAGAAGAAGGAGAGACCAAGUAAAGACUGUCCCAAGUUGGACAUGCUUGCUAGAAACUUCCAGGCAGCAACAGAGUCUGUACCUAACUCUGAAACCAUGCACAAUGGCUCACUAGAGCAAAUGGAAGAACCGGAAACCUCCUGUCUCUCUCCUUCCACACAUGGGGACCACUCAGAGGCCAGGCCGGGGCCGGGGGUUGAUGGGGAUGCUGCCAGCCCAGUGGACGCCAGAGACUCCAAGCUUCUCCUCCCUAAGGAGGCCAGUGGGAAGCAGCAGGAGCCGCUGUCUUUCCUCCUCGACAUAAUGCAUCACCACAAAGAGGGGAACAGCAAGCAGAAACUCAAGCAGACCAGCAAGGCAAGCAGUGAGCCUGCGAGGAAGCCGGCCGAGCCCCCCCGAGCCUCAGAGGGCCAGCCCAGACCACGGCCUCAGACGGAGCCAAAGGCCAAGGUGCUUGACCUGGCCUCCCUGGCAGAGCAGAAGAGGGAGGAGAGAAGAGUGAACAGUAACAACAAUAACAAAAAGCAGCUGAACCAUGUCAAGGAGGAAAGGCUGCCUCCGGCCCCCCUGGAGCCUGCUCCCCCCAGCGAGCCCCUGCCGGACAGCAAGCUGGUGCUGGCGGACUCUCCACAGCCCAAGGGCAAGAGCAAGAAAAAUAGGAAGAAGAAAGGAGACAGAGUCAACAGUUCAAUCGAUGAUGUCUUUCUGCCUAAAGAUAUUGACCUAGACAGUGUGGAUAUGGAUGAGACAGAGAGGGAAGUGGAAUAUUUCAAAAGAUUCUGUUUGGAUUCCGCUCGACAGACCCGGCAAAGACUGUCCAUCAAUUGGUCCAAUUUUAGCUUGAAAAAAGCCACUUUUGCUGCCCACUGAAUGAGGACCGCCUGAAGAGGAGUGCGCGGGAGGUGGGCCAGGCCCCGGAGCUGUUGUGCUUGCCCAGGGCUGUGCCGGGUGGGCUGCUGCACCUGAGACCCCCCCAGACCGAGAACUUGCAGCUCGGCCCGCAUCGGUAGCUCGUGUGCGUGUAGUCUGUGAGUGAGGCGUCGAUCGCAGUGCUGUGCUGUCGGAUUGGAACAGUGGCUCCCGCCAGUUCUCCACCACGUGGCCAGAGACGGGUUUCAUCAUCCACGUGGCUUGUUGCCUCUGCAUCUCGCCCCGUCCUGUCAUCUGUCCCCACCGGGGGCACUGCCGUCACUCAGCUCUUGUGUGUCCUGCGUCCCCCUGAGGCGGGCUGGGCGGGCAGGCGCGCUUCGUUCUCCUCCACAAUCUACUGUUUAAGAGUGUACACGUUGCGCUGUUUGUGUCUGACCCCCCUGACUUGUAGCCAGCUUGUGUAAGAUCCCUUGCAGAAUGAGAAAGUUCAAAACAAAACCCCACCCAGUACUCACACCAUCAAGUCUGUUAGAGAGUGUACGACUGUAUUAACACGGAGGCCUGCCUGGCUACUUUUUUAACAUAUUGUUAAGUAAUAUUAAAAUCAUGUCUUUCUUUUUGAAAGAUGGAAUACAUUAGUACAGCAGAAGACCUCGUCUGGUUGCUUUCUGCU